AUGUUGCUAAGACUGAGAAAGACAGGAGAAAGUCAGAGGAGGAGAAAGACAGGAGAAAGUCAGAGGAGGAAAAAGACAGGAGGAGAAAAACAGGAGGAAAAAGACAGAGGAGGAGAAAGACAGGAAAAGAAAGACAGAGGAGGAGAAAGACAGGAGGAGAAAGACAGAGAAAGAAAGGAGGAGAAAGACAGGAGGAGAAAGACAGAGAAAGAAAGGAGGAGAAAGACAGGAGGAGAAAGUCAGAGGAGGAGAAAGACAGAGGAGAAAGACAGGAGGAGAAAGACAGGAGGAGAAAGUCAGAGGAGGAGAAAGACAGGAGAAAGACAGGAGGAGAAAGACAGGAGGAGAAAGUCAGAGGAGGAGAAAGACAGGAGGAGAAAGACAGAAGAGAAAGUCAGAGGAGGAGAAAGACAGAAGAGAAAGUCAGAGGAGGAGAAAGACAGAAGAGAAAGACAGAGGAGGAGAAAGACAGGAAAAGAAAGACAGAGGAGGAGAAAGACAGAAGAGAAAGACAGAGGAGGAGAAAGACAGGAAAAGAAAGACAGAGGAGGAGAAAGACAGAGAAAGACAGGAGGAGAAAGACAGAGGAGGAGAAAGACAGAGGAGGAGAAAGACAGAGAAAGAAAGGAGGAGAAAGACAGGAGGAGAAAGUCAGAGGAGGAGAAAGACAGAGGAGAAAGACAGGAGGAGAAAGACAGGAGGAGAAAGUCAGAGGAGGAGAAAGACAGGAGAAAGACAGGAAAAGAAAGACAGAGGAGGAGAAAGACAGGAGGAGAAAGACAGAGAAAGAAAGGAGGAGAAAGACAGGAGGAGAAAGUCAGAGGAGGAGAAAGACAGAGGAGAAAGACAGGAGGAGAAAGACAGGAGGAGAAAGUCAGAGGAGGAGAAAGACAGGAGAAAGACAGGAGGAGAAAGACAGGAGGAGAAAGUCAGAGGAGGAGAAAGACAGGAGGAGAAAGACAGAAGAGAAAGUCAGAGGAGGAGAAAGACAGAAGAGAAAGUCAGAGGAGGAGAAAGACAGAAGAGAAAGACAGAGGAGGAGAAAGACAGGAAAAGAAAGACAGAGGAGGAGAAAGACAGAAGAGAAAGACAGAGGAGGAGAAAGACAGGAAAAGAAAGACAGAGGAGGAGAAAGACAGAGAAAGACAGGAGGAGAAAGACAGAGGAGGAGAAAGACAGAGGAGGAGAAAGACAGAGAAAGACAGGAGAAGAAAGACAGGAGGAGAAAGACAGAGGAGGAGAAAGACAGGAGAAAGACAGGAGGAGAAAGACAGGAGGAGAAAGACAGGAGGAGAAAGACAGGAGGAGAAAGACAGGAGGAGAAAGUCAGAGGAGAAAGACAGGAGGAGAAAGACAGGAGGAGAAAGUCAGAGGAGGAGAAAGACAGGAGGAGAAAGUCAGAGGAGGAGAAAGUCAGAGGAGGAGAAAGACAGAAGAGAAAGACAGGAGGAGAAAGACAGGAGAAAGACAGAGAAAGACAGGAGGAGAAAGACAGAGGAGAAAGACAGGAGGAGAAAGUCAGAGGAGGAGAAAGACAGGAGGAGAAAGACAGAGGAGGAGAAAGACAGAGGAGAGACAGGAGGAGAAAGACAGGAGGAGAAAGACAGGAGGAGAAAGACAGAGGAGGAGAAAGACAGGAGAAAGACAGAGGAGGAGAAAGACAGAGGAGGAGAAAGACAGAGGAGGAGAAAGACAGGAGGAGAAAGACAGGAGAAAGACAGGAGGAGAAAGACAGGAGGAGAAAGUCAGAGGAGGAGGAAGACAGAGGAGGAGAAAGUCAGAGGAGAAAGACAGGAGGAGAAAGACAGGAGGAGAAAGUCAGAGGAGGAGAAAGACAGGAGGAGAAAGACAGGAGGAGAAAGUCAGAGGAGGAGAAAGUCAGAGGAGGAGAAAGACAGAGGAGGAGAAAGACAGAGGAGAAAGACAGAGAAAGACAGGAGGAUAAAGACAGAGGAGGAGAAAGACAGGAGGAGAAAGUCAGAGGAGGAGAAAGACAGGAGGAGAAAGUCAGAGGAGGAGAAAGUCAGAGGAGGAGAAAGACAGAGGAGGAGAAAGACAGAAAGACAGGAGGAGAAAGACAGAGGAGGAGAAAGACAGGAGGAGAAAGACAGAGGAGGAGAAAGACAGAGGAGGAGAAAGACAGAGGAGGAGAAAGACAGAGGAGGAGAAAGACAGGAGGAGAAAGUCAGAGGAGGAGAAAGUCAGAGGAGGAGAAAGUCAGAGGAGGAGAAAGACAGGAGGAGAAAGUCAGAGGAGGAGAAAGACAGGAGGAGAAACUCAGAGGAGGAGAAAGACAGGAGGAGAAAGACGGAGGAGGAGAAAGACAGGAGGAGAAAGACAGGAGGAGAAAGACAGGAGGAGAAAGUCAGAGGAGGAAAAAGACAGGAGGAGAAAGACAGAGGAGGAGAAAGUCAGAGGAGGAGAAAGACAGGAGGAGAAAGACAGAGGAGAAAGACAGAGGAGAAAGACAGGAGGAGAAAGACAGGAGGAGAAAGACAGAGGAGGAGAAAGACAGAGGAGGAGAAAGUCAGAGGUGGAGAAAGACAGGAGGAGAAAGACAGAGGAGGAGAAAGACAGGAGGAGAAAGUCAGAGGACGAGAAAGACAGAGGAGAAAGUCAGAGGAGAAGAAAGACAGGAGGAGAAAGACAGAGGAGAAAGACAGGAGGAGAAAGACAGAGGAGAAAGACAGAGGAGGAGAAAGUCAGAGGAGGAGAAAGUCAGAGGAGGAGAAAGACAGGAGGAGAAAGACAGAGGAGGAGAAAGACAGAGGAGGAGAAAGACAGGAGGAGAAAGUCAGAGGACGAGAAAGACAGAGGAGAAAGACAGAGGAGGAGAAAAACAGAGGAGGAGAAAGACAGGAGAAAGACAGGAGGAGAAAGACAGGAGAAAGACAGGAGAAAGACAGGAGGAGAAAGACAGAGGAGAAAGACAGAGGAGGAGAAAGACAGGAGGAGAAAGACAGAGAAAGACAGGAGGAUAAAGACAGAGGAGGAGAAAAGGAGGAGAAAGUCAGAGGAGGAGAAAGACAGGAGGAGAAAGACAGAGGAGGAGAAAGACAGGAGGAGAAAGUCAGAGGACGAGAAAGACAGAGGAGAAAGUCAGAGGAGGAGAAAGACAGGAGGAGAAGAGACAGAGGAGAAAGACAGGAGGAGAAAGACAGAGGAGAAAGACAGGAGGAGAAAGACAGGAGGAGAAAGACAGAGGAGGAGAAAGACAGGAGAAAGACAGGAGGAGAAAGACAGGAGAAAGACAGGAGGAGAAAGACAGAGGAGGAGAAAGACAGGAGGAGAAAGACAGGAGAAAGACAGGAGGAGAAAGACAGGAGAAAGACAGGAGAAAGACAGGAGGAGAAAGACAGGAGAAAGACAGGAGAAAGACAGGAGAAAGACAGGAGAAAGACAGGAGGAGAAAGACAGAGGAGGAGAAAGACAGGAGAGAAAGACAGGAGAAAGACAGGAGGAGAAAGACAGGAGAAAGACAGGAGAGAAGACAGGAGGAGAAAGACAGGAGAAAGACAGGAGAAAGACAGGAGAGAAAGACAGGAGAGAAAGACAGGAGGAGAAAGACAGAGGAGAAAGACAGAGGAGAAAGACAGAGGAGGAGAAAGACAGGAGGAGAAAGACAGAGGAGGAGAAAGACAGGAGGAGAAAGUCAGAGGAGGUGAAAGACAGGAGAAAGUCAGAGGAGGAGAAAGACAUCGGAGUCUAAAGACAGAGGAGGAGAAAGGACAUCGGAGUCUAACGACAGAGGAGGAGAAAGACAGGAGGAGAAAGACAGGAGAAAGACAGGAGGAGAAAGACAGAGGAGGAGAAAGACAGGAGGAGAAAGACAGGAGGAGAAAGACAGGAGAAAGACAGGAGGAGAAAGACAGGAGAAAGACAGGAGGAGAAAGACAGAGGAGAAAGACAGGAGGUCAAAGACAGGAGAAAGACAGGAGGAGAAAGACAGGAGGAGAAAGACAGAGGAGGAGAAAGACAGAGGAGGAGAAAGUCAGAGGAGGUGAAAGACAGGAGAAAAGGAGGAGAAAGACAGAGGAGAAAGACAGAGGAGGAGAAAGACAGGAGGAGAAAGACAGAAGAGAAAGACAGAGGAGGAGAAAGUCAGAGGAGGAGAAAAACAGGAGAAAGACAGGAGGAGAAAGACAGGAGAAAGAAAGGAGGAGAAAGACAGAGGAGAAAGACAGGAGGAGAAAGACAGAGGAGGAGAAAGACAGAGGAGAAAGACAGGAGGAGAGAGACAGAGGAGAAAGACAGGAGGAGAAAGACAGAGGAGAAAGACAGGAGGAGAAAGACAGGAGGAGAAAGACAGAGGAGGAGAAAGUCAGAGGAGGAGAAAGACAGGAGGAGAAAGUCAGAGGACGAGAAAGACAGAGGAGAAAGUCAGAGGAGGAGAAAGACAGGAGGAGAAAGACAGAGGAGAAAGACAGGAGGAGAAAGACAGAGGAGAAAGACAGGAGGAGAAAGACAGGAGGUGAAAGACAGGAGAAAGACAGGAGGAGAAAGACAGAGGAGGAGAAAGACAGGAGGAGAAAGACAGAGGACUUUGAUAACACGUUGUGUUCUACGGAGAAAGACAGGAGGAGAAAGACAGAGGAGGAGAAAGACAGGAGAAAGACAGGAGGAGAAAGACAGGAGAAAGACAGGAGAAAGACAGGAGGUGAAAGACAGGAGAAAGACAGGAGGAGAAAGACAGGAGGAGAAAGACAGGAGGAGAAAGACAGAGGAGGAGAAAGACAGGAGGAGAAAGACAGAGGAGGAGAAAGACAGGAGGAGAAAGUCAGAGGAGGUGAAAGACAGGAGAAAGUCAGAGGAGGAGAAAGACAUCGGAGUCUAAAGACAGAGGAGGAGAAAGACAGAGGAGGAGAAAGACAUCGGAGUCUAAAGACAGAGGAGAAAGACAGGAGGAGAAAGACAGAGGAGGAGAAAGACAGGAAAAAGACAGGAGGAGAAAGUCAGAGGAGGAGAAAGACAGAGGGGAAAAGACAGAGAGAAAGACAGAGAAAGACAGGAGGAGAAAGUCAGAGGAGGAGAAAGACAGAGGAGGAGAAAGACAGAGGAGGAGAAAGACAGAGGAGGAGAAAGACAGAGGAGGAGAAAGACAGAGGAGGAGAAAGACAGAGGGGGAGAAAGACAGGAGAAAGACAGGAGGAGAAAGACAGGAGGAGAAAGACAGAGGAGAAAGACAGAGGAGGAGAAAGACAGGAGGAGAAAGACAGAGGAGGAGAAAGACAGGAGGAGAAAGACAGAGGAGAAAGACAGGAGGAGAAAGACAGGAGGAGAAAGUCAGAGGAGGAGAAAGACAGGAGAAAGACAGGAGAAAGACAGGAGGAGAAAGACAGAGGAGAAAGACAGGAGGAGAAAGACAGAGGAGGAGAAAGACAGAGGAGGAGAAAGACAGAGGAGAAAGACAGGAGGAGAAAGACAGAGGAGAAAGACAGGAGGAGAGAGACAGGAGAAAGACAGGAGGAGAAAGACAGAGGAGGAGAAAGUCAGAGGAGGAGAAAGACAGAGGAGGAGAAAGACAGGAGGAGAAAGACAGAGGAGGAGAAAGACAGAGGAGAAAGACAGGAGGAGAAAGACAGAGGAGAAAGACAGGAGAAAGUCAGAGGACGAGAAAGACAGGAGAAAGUCAGAGGACGAGAAAGACAGGAGAAAGAGGAGAAAGACAGAAGAGAAAGACAGGAGGAGAAAGACAGGAGGAGAAAGACAGAGGAGGAGAAAGUCAGAGGAGGAGAAAGACAGGAGAAAGACAGGAGGAGAAAGACAGAGGAGAAAGACAGGAGGAGAAAGACAGAGGAGAAAGACAGGAGGAGAAAGAGGAGGAGAAAGUCAGAGGAGGAGAAAGACAGGAGGAGAAAGUCAGAGGACGAGAAAGACAGAGGAGAAAGUCAGAGGACGAGAAAGACAUCGGAGUCUAAAGACAGAGGAGGAGAAAGACAGAGGAGGAGAAAGACAGAGGAGGAGAAAGUCAGAGGAGGAGAAAGUCAGAGGAGGAGAAAGUCAGAGGAGGAGAAAGACAGGAGGAGAAAGACAGAGGAGGAGAAAGACAGAGGAGGAGAAAGACAGAGGAGGAGAAAGACAGGACGAGAAAGACAGAGGAGGAGAAAGACAGGAGGAGAAAGACAUCGGAGUCUAAAGACAGAGGAGAAAGACAGGAGAAAGACAGAGGAGGAGAAAGACAGAGGAGGAGAAAGACAGAGGAGGAGAAAGACAGGAGGAGAAAGACAGGAGGAGAAAGACAGAGGAGGAGAAAGUCAGAGGAGGAGAAAGUCAGAGGAGGAGAAAGACAGAGGAGGAGAAAGACAGGAGGAGAAAGACGGAGGAGGAGAAAUUCAGAGGAGGAGAAAGUCAGAGGAGGAGAAAGACAGGAGGAGAAAGACAGGAGGAGAAAGACAAGAGGAGAAAGACAGGAGGAGAAAGACAGGAGGAGAAAGACAGAGGAGGAGAAAGACGGAGGAGGAGAAAGACGGAGGAGGAGAAAGACGGAGGAGGAGAAAGACAUCGGAGUCUAAAGACAGAGGAGGAGAAAGACAGAGGAGGAGAAAGACAGAGGAGGAGAAAGACAGAGGAGGAGAAAGACAUCGGAGUCUAAAGACAGAGGAGGAGAAAGACGGAGGAGGAGAAAGACAGGAGGAGGAGAAAGACGGAGGAGGAGAAAGACAGGAGGAGGAGAAAGACAGGAGGAGGAGAAAGACGGAGGAGGAGAAAGACAGGAGGAGGAGAAAGACGGAGGAGAAAGACAGAGGAGGAGAAAGACGGAGGAGAAAGACAUCGGAGUCUAAAGACAGAGGAGGAGAAAGACAGAGGAGGAGAAAGACAGGAGGAGAAAGUCAGAGGACGAGAAAGACAGGAGGAGAAAGACAUCGGAGUCUAAAGACAGAGGAGAAAGACAGGAGGAGAAAGACAGAGGAGGAGAAAGACAGAGGAGGAGAAAGACAGGAGAAAGACAGGAGGAGAAAGACAGGAGGAGAAAAGACAUCGGAGUCUAAAGACAGAGGAGAAAGACAGGAGAAAGACAGGAGAAAGACAGAGGAGGAGAAAGACAGGAGGAGAAAGACAGGAGUCUAA